GACCGCUUCGCUAGGAUUCGAUGAGCAGCAGCCUGCCAGUAUGUCCAGUCUCUCUCGAUGUCUCCGACGAUGAUGAGUUGCGAAAUAUUCACUUCUGCUCUUGCACGUCCACACCCCAAUCGCGAGUCCAGGGGUUAUUGACUCGAAGCGUCGCCACCCUGGCCAACUGCACAAGUAAUGUGUUUUGGGCUUUGGAGCGUGGAGGAGAGCACCCAUCUACGAACGUCUCAGCGACACGAUGUACAUGCGGCCAUUAUUUUUGACACAAACUCUCACGCACUCUUCACUUUGCCACUCAUUGUAUCAUUGUAGCCCAUUCACUUCAAAUGUAGCAUUGUAUAUAGCACAUAAUACAAACCACCAAGUCUACUAGACGACUUCCUAACAAUGCUCGCUGACAUCGGGGAAGCAAUCCCAAGAGGAAGUCGUCUCCUCGACCUUCCUCCGGAGCUGCGCGAGCAGAUCUGGCACUUCGCGGUGACGGAGUGGGCGCCUGUGCCUCCCGCCGGGGACCGUGUUGACGACGAGGACGAUGUUGUUCGGGACACCUACACAAGCCUUCCGCGGUUGUUGCAAAAGGCUCCGAUCCGGAUGGAUCGUUUCAAUCGCCCUUCGCCCCCUCCAAUCACGCGAGUGUGUAGGCAGACACGGCAGGAAACGCUACACCUUUACUAUAGCGAGAACGUCUUCGAGUGCUGGUCCGUCAAUGGUCCAGUCCGUACGGACGACAUAGAGAGCAUGCUAACGUUACUACUCUAGGCGACCUCUUUUUUGGGUGCUGGACUGGAGCGAGAGUACCUUCAUCGACUGGCUCAUCUGCCUGGGAUCGCGGACGCACUG